UCUGGAUUUUCCAAGUGUACGUUUUGCCUGGACUGUUGGUGACGUUCGUGAGGAUAUUCAGGAUGGGUGUGACAGUGUUGCAACCAUACAUGAUGCCGGAGAACAAGACUGGAGCUCAAACAAUCGAAUCCCUGACAAAGCAGCUCACCGCUCUGGGGGCAAUUCAGGCUGGUCACUUCCUGGUGGAUUGCGAUACGUACAUGAGUUCGCUGCAGCAAAUGGGUCAUCCGCCAAAGACAGUUCACGUUCUGCACUCGUCUGAACACCCUGCCUCCGUCUUCUCCAUCCUGGACACGGGCAGCAAGCAGAUUCCGCUGGUGGCUGAUGGUCUCUUCGAUCUGCUCAUGCUGAAGAUGACGCCGCACUACACUUCCAAGAAGCAAACCAAGACGGAGUCCAAGGGGCCUCGAUUCGAGCUGGGAGACUUCCUGGUGAAGCUGGGCAGCGUCACCAUGAGUCAGUCCUUCAAGGGGAUCCUCGUGGAGGUGGAAUAUCGACCGUGCGUCCUGCCGGCGAGUUGCUGGGAACUCACGAGAGAAUUCCUGCAGGGCUUCCUCGGCUCGUGCGUGCCCAACACAAUUCCCUCCUACUUCACGAACCACAACAGACUGAAUGAGAUCUACCAGCCGCUGGACACCAUCCAGCAGUAUCUCGAGCACUUCACCAACUAUCGCAAGCAAACGGCGCCCGGCGUUGGCAUGCGACAAUGAUUUUGGGAGUAAAAGCGAGUGUUGCUCAAGAGAAGAAUGGAUGAAGCACACUUCAGCUAGAAUAUCAAGGAAUGGAAGAAUGAACGGGAAUGAUAGAAAUGGAUAAAAAAAAAAACCCCCAAGAAAUACGUGAAAAAUGUAAAUAUUUCCUUUUCCAAUCGGAAUAACAGAUUUUCUACUAAACUCGUUUGGGAAACUACUAAAAUCGCAUUUUCGCGCCAGUUUCCUUCCAUUUUCACACUCUCUAUGACUUCCUAAUAACUUUCCAAGCUUUUAUAGCAUUUACAACAACAUUUAGAAUAGUUUCAAGCCCCAAAAUAAACAUUAAAGCGUUACAAAGAUUUUAGGAGUAAAAAGUUAGUGAAAGAAAGGCAAUUCCGAGCAUCAAAUUGAGUUAUUAGAGAUAAUUCUAGGAAAAAUUGAGGGAAAAAUGCUGAUAUGAAGCGAUAAAGGGAAGGAAAAUAUACAAAAAAUGAAAGAGAAGUGAAAACAGUGUGAAAAAAUCACAACUGAAGGAGAAUCGAACCCGCGACUUCACGAUCUUGUGCUAAAUUCUCUUCUAUAGAAGAUUUGCGCUGGAAUUUCUACAUAUCUUUCUAACUAGACGAUUUCGAAAACACAAUUUCGAAUUAGUUUUGGAGGGAAAGAAUAUUUCGAAGAAUGAAUCGGAAUGGAUUGUGGAA